CCAGAAAGCAGUUCUACUGAAGAUGACGAUCCUAUCGUGCAGGAUAUCCCGCAGUCGUCCUUCAGCUUCCAUCCAGAACGACCCUCCGAAUUAUCAAUUGUGGGAUCUGCUACAGCCAUGAUUAACGACCAUCUGGCCGGUGAUAUUGCGCAUAGUAGCGAUGCGUUCCCCAGUCCUGGUGAUUAUGAAUUUCACUUGCUGGCAAGAAUGUCGAGGUGUUAUGGAACCUUUCUCACUUCCUAUACUGAGGCAGGCCGAGACGAAUGGUCAAUCAAAAUUCCAUUGCAACGGGCUUACACUGGGACAAAACCUGCUAUACCAUCCUCCCUUGCCGACACACCCUGCGCUACUCUCGGUGUUCAGGGCAUCUUAGAUGAACUGAAUGCCACACUCGGAACGUCGUACACCCUGGACAUACCGACCCUCUCUUCCGUUCUCGAAGACUGCAUCAAGAGUGACUAUGACUUUGGCACUGCGUAUGGCCGCCUCCGUUGGGCAUGGGAGAAUGAUAUUUAUCCUGAGCAGCCGCAUGAGUGGACCAUCCGAGAUAGAUUAUGCAGAAGUGAAGAUUGGGACCGGGAGGAACGACGAGGAGCACUCGUAGGGAACCGGAUCGUCAACGUGUGGUUGCCUCCUCGACGUGUCUGGGAUCUGUGUGCUAAUCGGGUGGUACCAUGGUGGAGCAUCAGAGGGAAUAUUAACAACUGGCCUCGGCCGAUAUCGCAUGCGUGGGUAGAUGUGAAGGAUCGCGUUGAAGUUUGGACGGCCAUCAAUGGGAAGGAAUGGCCCGUACCCAUCCCAAAAGACACCAGCCUCGACCUCAUCCGGAUCGAGAUGCUGAAUCUGGGAGCGGAAUACGCGUGGUUGGAUGUCCUCUGUUUGAGACAGGAGGGCGGACUAAGGGACGAUCUGCGUGUGGAAGAGUGGAAGUUGGACAUGCCCACGCUCGGAUGCGUGUAUAACGAGAUCCAAGCAAGACCAAAGGUGGUGAUCUACCUGAGCGGGCUAGGGCGCCCUUUGAGCUUGAAGGCGGGCGAUUUGCAGAAUGAUCGGUGCUGGUUUAGGCGCGCACAGACGCUACAGGAGAUCGGGGACUCUGAUAGGAUCAUAGCUGGGGAUACACCUGACGGACCGCUGCACCGUGUCAAGCAAAUAGAAAAGAAGGAAAACUCCAAGGGGGAGAUGCUGAAGGGCUUUCACUCGUAUCUGAGGUCCUUUGAGCAAGAGCGACGUCAGUAUCCGCAUAUGAUUCAGGAAUCUGUUCAGAUUCACCUAGAUGGGAUGGAUAGGUCGAUAACUAUAAAAGCCAGCCACUUGGCCAGUCAUCGAUGGUGUAAACGUGUAUGGACACUGAAGGAAAUUAGCAACGAGAAGAAGGAGAUUGUUGAGGGAGAUACACCCAAUGGCCUGCUGCACAUCAAGCCGAUGGAUGGGGGGAACUAUGAAGACGAGGAGAUACUAGCAAAGUUUCACGAACAGCUGGAGUCGCUGAACAGUGAACGAGGUCUGUUUGGUUCGCUGGCGAGCAUGCAGAAGCGGGUGUCGACCAACCCAGGAGAAAAAGUCGCAGGCCUAGCAUUUUGUCUACUGUUCAAUGAGUUACCAGCAUAUGAUGGGAAUCAGCCGCCUGAGGAUGCAUGGAAUGGCCUUACGAAUACAAUGAACGCAUGGCAACGAUCUGGCCUGUUCUUCCUCUAUCCUGAACCAGGAAACGCAAGCAAGAAAUGGAGACCAUCCUGGGACCAAGUCAUGACACGGCGUCUACCAGCAGAUAGCAGGUCUUUGGUGGAGCUUAACUGCGAUGACAAGGCAGAUGUCGACUGGUACAACGGGUUCUGUAUCGGAAAGGCAUUUGUACGGGGAUUGUCUGUGGGAUGCACGGAAGGGGGUGAUCGACAUGGAGAGUUGAUUGUCAAAGACGCACAUGGGUCAACACAUAUGUUCACAAUCAUCGCCACCCACCAGUACCCGAUACCUGAAGACACUUAUGCACUGCUUGGUAGCUAUAGCGAGCCGUUGAAGUCCAACGGUGCCAUGCAAUAUUGGGUUGUUGGCCGACUACUGCCAGAGCAGAGGUUUGAGAAACUGUCGGUGUUCAGAAUGACUGACUGGGAUGAGAUUGUGAGGCUGGAGAGGCUGGAGAUCGUAAAGAAGAAUGUCAAGACUUAUCUUCUUUGAUAGGGUGUGGCUUCUUAGAGUCUUAGUAUUGUUGUAUGCUCGCGACAUGCAAUGCUACUGUGGACACUGCCGUGUAAUGUUACAUAUCUAUAUAUCUACCUACCUACUUAUCUUUUAGUCAUACAGCAGCAUUAGAGGGAAGAAAUGUAAACUCUGGGAUGUAACUCAUCCUCGGUAUAUCAUUAUUAGCAUUUCAGUAUUGCAC